AUGGGAGGCGGAGACCUGAAUCUGAAGAAGAGCUGGCACCCGCAGACCCUCCGCAAUGUGGAGAAAGUGUGGAAGGCUGAGCAGAAGCAUGAGGCUGAGCGGAAGAAGAUUGAGGAGCUUCAGCGUGAGCUGCGGGAGGAGAGGGCCCGGGAGGAGAUGCAGCGCUAUGCGGAGGAUGUCGGUGCUGUCAAGAAAAAGGAGGAAAAAUUGGACUGGAUGUACCAGGGUCCUGGUGGGAUGGUGAACCGUGAUGAGUACUUGCUGGGGCGUCCUAUUGACAAAUAUGUUUUUGAAAAGAUGGAGGAGAAGGAGGCAGGCUGUUCUUCAGAGACAGGACUCCUCCCAGGCUCUAUCUUUGCCCCGUCAGGUGCCAAUUCCCUUCUGGACAUGGCCAGCAAAAUCCGAGAGGACCCGCUUUUCAUCAUCAGGAAGAAAGAGGAGGAGAAAAAAAGAGAAGUAUUGAAUAAUCCUGUGAAAAUGAAAAAAAUCAAAGAACUGUUGCAAAUGAGUUUGGAAAAAAAGGAGAAGAAGAAGAAGAAGGAGAAGAAAAAGAAGCACAAGAAACAUAAGCACAGAAGCUCAGGCAGUGAUCGUUGCAGCAGCGAGGAUGAGCGCAGCCGGGGGAGAUCUCAAAAGAAGAUGGCAAAUUCUUCCCCUGUUUUGUCCAAAGUCCCUGGAUAUGGCUUACAGGUCAGGAACUCCGACCGUAGCCAGGGACUGCAGGGUUCUCUGAUGGCUGAACGAAAGGGAGCACGUGGGUUAAAGAAUUAUUCCAGGUCCAGGAGCUCCUCUUCCUCACCUCCCAGACAUACCAGCAAGAAGAGCACCAGGGAAGCAGGGUCCCGGGAUAGGAGGUCCCUAUCCCCUGGCAGAAGGUCUCGGUCCCCAAGGCCAAGCAAACCGCACAACUCUAAGGUAAAUAGGAAAGACAGAGGCCGAAGUAAGAGCCCAUCUCCUAAAAAGGAGGUUUACCAAAGGCGGCAUGCUCCUGGGUACACCAGAAAGCUCUCAUCAGAGGAGCUGGAGCGAAAAAGGCAAGAGAUGAUGGAAAACGCCAAGUGGCGGGAGGAAGAGAGGCUGAACAUCCUCAAGAGGCAUGCCAAGGAUGACGAGCGGGAGCAGAGGCUGGAGAAGCUAGACUGCCGGGAUGGGAAGUUUAUCCACCGCAUGAAGCUAGAGAGUGCAUCUACCUCCUCUCUGGAAGAUCGGGUGAAGCGGAAUAUUUACUCUCUCCAGAGAACCUCAGUAGCUCUGGAGAAGAAUUUUAUGAAAAGAUGA